UGCCGAUACAAAAUUGUCCUUUAUUUUUACCAAUCGAAGCGUAUCAAGGGCUGGGGGGGUCUCCUUAGUAAAGGCAAGUGUAAUCUUCACCAGUAGCAACAGGAUGGCUAUGAGCAGCGCCGCUCUUGCUCCCGUGCUACCGGCGGAGCUACAGCAGGACCACAAGGCCGUGGGCGCAAAGUUGCGAGUGGUUACUGCCGCACAGGAGACCUUCGAGGGCGUCAUCUUCACGCUGGACCCUGUGGCCAACUUCCUCGUGCUCGAAGAGCAAGAUGGAGCCAAGAUCAAGACGCGUAUCUUCCAGCUUGAAGCGUUGCAGAAGGUUGAGGUGCUAGAACCUGCCCCCGCUGGACUCAUGUUGACGCUACCGGCCAUCAGCGCAGACGAGCUGCAGCGCAUGGAGCAGCGCAACAAGGGACUUGCCGAGCGGGCCUUGGCUUCUAUUGGACAGGGCGUGUCCGGUGAAGCUCAGGCUAUUUUCGACGCACUCAACAAGACGAUGCCGUGUGAGUGGGAAGGCGCAAACAUUCGAGUUAUGGGUGAGGUGGUGAUCAAGCCGCCGUACCAUCCGCAGAACUGCGUGAGUGCCAACACUCAGGUGCUCUUGCGGGUCAAGAAAGUGCUGGAGGGUGAGAAGAGCAAGUUAAAGAAGGCCAAGAAGUGAUAGGAUUGGGAUCGUCGUGCUUACAGAUCUCGCGGUCGAGGUGGUCCUCUGCUCCUCUGCUUCAACGGGGAGACGCAGUAUUCGAUCGCCAUCGUCGAAUGAGCGGACGUUGAUCAAUAUGAGCCUGUAGAGCCUAUAGGCUGGGCUCAAGUAGACUGGAGUACCCUAUGUACACUUGGGAAUAAAAGGAUGGAACGAUGGGGUAUCUUUUGUAAACAUAUCUGCACUUUUUGCCAUUCGAUUCUUGAGGUUGACAAAGAAUACUAUUCACCGAGU